AUGAGCCCUCUGAUCGGGGACUUCUGGUUGGCCCUGAACCUGGGCCGGUUCAUCUCGCCUCAGCAUCAGACGACGGCCGGGGAAGCAGGCGAGAUUACCACGGAGGCGGCGAGGCGUGUUCCGCGAGCCUGGGUACGCGGCUCUGCAGCAGAUUUCAUGGAUGGUGGUUGCGGUAUUGAGCAACGAGAGCCAGUCAAGCUGUGGUGGAUCCGAUGGCCGUCUGGCCGCAUUGACGACUCGACCUAG